AAUGUUCUUACCCAGAAAGGAGCACAUUGCCUUGAACUGGGGGCUACUAAGUCUUUGGAUCCCUAUGAAACUGCGCAGAAUGUCUUCCCAACCCUUGUUCGCCCAUUGCAGAAAUACAUGCGUGCAACAAAACAACAACUGCGACAUCCUGUCGACACGAUAAUCGAGCACCUGGCCGUUUGUUUAGCUUACGGCUUGUCACCGCUUUCCUUUCUUUCUCGAUUCUCCCCAAAUCAAGUAACGCCAUUACAGGACGUUGCGACGGCUGCCGUAACAGCGGGUGCAGUGAAGCGAAUGCGCCAGCGUGUCAUGAAACAGAAAGCCACAUCUGGGUUACUUUCAACGUCUGGAGCUGUUGAGGCGGGAAGUUCAGGUUUGUAUUUACCAUUACAAAUAAUCAUAUUUAAAAUUCGAAAAAUGCCACGUGACACAGCGAGCGAUCUUGAUCUUAAAGUUGCCAACACUUUAAAGUAA